GUUCGAGGCGCUGGGCGCUCGCGCUCCUCCUGCUGCUCGCCUGGCCCCUUUGACGGAAGGAUGCCCCGGGCGCGCGCUGUGUCCACUCGAGCCUCUCGGCGCUCGCCUCCCCGCGCCUGUCUCCUGGCAGAGGGACCGGAAGUGGCUCGGGGAGGGAAGGGGAGGGGGGCUCGCUCCCUCCUCCUCAGGUGAAGGCGCUGUGGAUGGAGCCGCCGAAGACGCCGCCGCCGCCGCCGCCGCUGCUUCGGAGCCAUUGAGCCCCCUCCAGUGGGUGGGCCGGGCGGGCGGCCGGGGGGCCCUCCCCAACGCGGCCUGGCGCCCCCUCGGCUCAGGUGAGGGCCGCCCUACGGGGGCUCGGAGGGGACCAAAAGCGCUCGCCCGCCGGACGCGCGGAGGGACCACAAGCAGGGUGUCUUAAAGAUGGAUAUAGAGGACUGCAAUGGACGCUCUUACAUAUCUGGUAGUGGAGAUUCCUCUUUGGAAAAGGAGUUCACCUCCACCAUUGUGGGGCCAACAGUGAGCACACCAAACAGCCAACACUCCUCCCCAAUCCGCUCCCUUAGUGAAAAUUCUAUCAAGGUGGAAAUGUACAGUGAUGAAGAAUCAAGCCGGCUGCUGUCACAUGAUGACCGGCUCCUUGACAAAGAUGACAGCGUGAUUGUGGAGGAUUCUCUCUCAGAGCCCCUUGGCUAUUGUGAUGGUUCAGGACAAGAACCACAUUCCCCUGGAGGCAUCCGUCUGCCCAAUGGCAAAUUAAAAUGUGAUAUCUGUGGGAUGGUGUGCAUUGGUCCAAAUGUACUUAUGGUACACAAGCGCAGUCAUACUGGUGAGAGGCCAUUCCAUUGCAAUCAGUGUGGUGCCUCCUUCACCCAAAAGGGCAACCUCCUGCGCCACAUCAAGCUACAUUCAGGCGAGAAGCCCUUCAAAUGUCCCUUCUGCAAUUACGCCUGCCGGAGGCGAGAUGCACUCACAGGCCACCUCCGCACACACUCAGUUUCCUCUCCCACGGUUGGCAAGCCCUACAAAUGUAACUAUUGUGGCCGUAGCUACAAGCAGCAAAGCACGUUGGAAGAGCACAAGGAACGCUGUCACAACUACCUGCAGAGUCUUAACACUGAACCACAGUCGCUGGCUGGCCAGCAAGGUGACGAGAUGCGAGACUUGGAAAUAGUGCCGGACUCCAUGCUUCACUCCUCAGCCGACCGGCCAACCUUCAUUGACCGACUGGCAAACAGCAUCACCAAACGAAAACGCUCCACACCUCAGAAAUUUGUGGGAGAGAAGCAGAUGAGGUUUGGCCUCUCCGAUAUGGCAUUUGAUGUCAGCUCUGGUUUUGAGAAGGACGUGGAGUUGGUGGCUGCUCACCAUCCCCUAGAUGCCAGCUUUGGCAGUUCACUGUCCUUUGUGGGAGCAGAACACUUGCGCCCCCUCAGACUUCCACCCACAAACUGCAUCUCUGAGAUCACGCCUGUCAUCAGUUCUGUCUACACUCAAAUCCAGCCCCUCCCAGGCAGGCUGGAAAUAGCAGGAAGCCGGGAAGCUGCUGAAGGCCACGAAGACCUUCCUGAUGGGAUGCAGAUUGUGUACCGGGCAUCGCGGGAGCCCAGUAUGGUAUCGCCUAGCAACGGUUGCCAGGAUUCCACGGAUACGGAGAGCAUCCACGAGGAGAGGGGCUCCCACGGGCCGCUGCUGUCCAGCAUUGGGAACUGCACCAGCAGCCGGCAGAGUCCGGCGUACGCCAAAGAGGACCCGAAACUGCAAGAGGGCAUCAUCCCCACCACUACUCGGUCAACUCCCAGCUCAGCCAAAGAAGCCCUGCGCGUGGUGAAUGAUGAAGGAGAACAGGUAAAAGCCUUCAAAUGCGAGCACUGCCGGAUCUUGUUCCUGGACCAUGUCAUGUUCACUAUCCAUAUGGGCUGCCACGGCUUCAGAGACCCUUUUGAAUGCAACAUCUGUGGCUAUCACAGCCAAGACCGGUACGAGUUCUCCUCCCACAUAGUGCGGGGGGAACAUAAAAUAGGCUAGUCCUCAGCACUCUCCCCUCUUGUUCCCCCCCUUCUCUCCCCGUCUCUAAUGCUCCACCCGAGUCGGACAUGAUGGAACUAUUCAUUUCUUUUGUACUCCUUUGCACUGACUUUGGCAAAAAAGAGAAAUAUUUAAAAAAUCCCUAACUUUUAAAAAAUCCAACACACUUGAGAUGGGGAGGAGCUCAUAACAUUUUGCCUUUUUUCUAUAUUGUGUUAUUUAAAUAAUGUUAGUUGAAUUUUAAAUUCCUUUGUGUUUUUUUCCUCUUAGUUGACGUUAUUUAUUAAUCUUUAUUUCUCUCUUUAUUUUGUUGGUUAAGCUUUUCUUUUCAGUCAUUUUGUUAGGGACUUUCUCCAUUGAGGAACACACAAAAUGCUGAUAUUCAUCAGCAAUAGACUUGUGUUUUUAAGGUCCAAGUCUCUUCCUUAUUUUCAUUUAAAAUUUGGGGGCGGGGGGUGGAGGGGUUGUUUCAUUUCAAGUAUUUCUGUCAAGUCACCAUGUUAGAUAUUAAGAACCUCAGAUCAGGUGCUAAACUAUUAUAGAACUUCCCCGUUCAAGGGGUUAGGAAAGCCACGACUUGAGUUAUGCUGAGAUGGUAAUGUUAGGAUGACCUGCACAUGCCCUCUUUAUGGGUUUCUUUGAGAUGGAGCAGAGAAGGAUGUCCUCUUAGGAACUCUGUGGUUCCAAAAACUCAAUACCUCUGUGCUUCUGCUUACAACAGCUUUGAAUUUAAAUAUGCUGCUUCCCCUAUUAGAGCCCAGAUAGGGGUGGCAUAGGCUGCAUCUGGUGAAGGGGCUACAGUGCCACUUGGUUGAAGGAAGGUGGCGAGCACUUUUUGCAAUGUACAUGAAGUUUGCCAGGAUGCUGCCUUUUACAGAUUCAACUGAGAAUCCGCAUGAGGAAAGCCAAGGCUGUUUCCAAUGAAAGAACCUUCGCAGUGAUGAAGGCUGUGUUCUGCUUCCCAGCUCUUUUAAACUUGGGGCUGUCCCUGUCAGUUAGCCUAACCCUUGUUCCAGAAGGGUUGUUUUGAGCUAACUUCCUCUGAGCUUCCUUUUGUUAGCUCUUCAAGAACCUGUUUUGCUUGGAGGCUUUAGAAGGUGGAAGCCUCAACCCUUUGGUGAGUGUACAACCUUGAGGAAAGAGCUGUGGCCCUGUUGGCUAGGACAGGAUUCCUAGGAGACCAAAGAGAUGCUCGUGUGAGUCUAUACAGAGUCAGCCAAGCAACCUCUCUUGCAGCUACUAGAGGCCAGGGAGCUCAGUCCCUGUCCCUUCCUCUUUCUUGUCCAGUGCCUAAUUUCUGCCUCUCCAGUCGGUCUCCCGGGAAUCUGUCCCCACUGAGCAACUUGAGCUUUGGUUACUUAAGCUUCCCCAGAAGGCAUGGCUGCCUUUGUUUGCACAGGCCAGUCCUAAGCCUUACAGAUCUGUGCUCAGAAAGCAUGCACUUUGUGGACUCCUCAAGAAGAGCGCGCAGCCCUUGCCAUGUAGUGGAAGGUCUGUGUCUUGUAUUUCGUUGGAAUAGCACACGCUGCUCCUCCACAAGCGAAAAGGGGCAUGUGCUUUGCAGUGUCACCUUGUUUCUCCUCAAAAAAGACCUCUGUCCCAGAUCAGAGUCACAAGUUGCUUUUAGGCUGAUCAGUUGUAAUGGUAUAGGGAGGACGCUGUAGAAAAACUGCCAGCAACACCCACCUGCCCAAAAUCUACACUGUGGCAAAGAGUCUCCCAGUUUUCUCUUAGGUACAUGGCUAAUGGCACCAGAGGGGAGAGUUGGUUUUUCGUGUUGCGGGUCCUACAGGAAGUCCUUGCUGUUUGUACUUUAGUGUCUUAAAGCCUUGGUCAUCGUGAAGGGCUGAAACCUCCAUUUUGUAGCUUGGCUGACGAUUUCUGCUGUUAGCAGAUGGUACACAAAGGUUGUGAUUUCACUUGCUAGGAGUAUGUAGUCAUUACUACCAAUCCACGUAGAAAUCCUGUUUGACUCUUGUUCUUAAGUGUGCAAUGGCCAAAGUAGAAGGCUAGGAGUCAGGCAAAACAAGAGCUUACCUUCUUCCAGCACCUGGCCCUUAGCAUGCUAGAAGGACGUUUUGUGAAAGAAAGGGUUAAACUGCCUCUUUAGUCUGUGCUGGGCAAAGGAUGUGGCAAGUGGGAGCGGGGUCAUGGUUUUCAGUAGAUGCCCAACAUGCAUAAAAAUAACUUGACUAACAGCAGCCCAACUAACUGCUUCCUUGUGGGAUAAACCAAAGGCUGUUCUUUUUCUAUUUCAAAAAACAAAAACAACAACCUCAAGUUGCAAUGUCUUGUUUGUAUCCUCCCUGCCUUUUGCUUUUUGAAACUGGUGUUUCUGGGCUAUUUUUUGUUUUGUUUUGAUGGAUUUUUGUUUGUUUGUUUGAAAGGCCAGACAGACUUGCUUUAACUGGGAAGGCCUGGGAUGUAUUGUGAGAUGGGAUGCGAAGUAGGAGCUUUCCUUUGAACAGGUGUACUCCACUGUCCUCCCUUUUCCAUUUCAUAAAAGCUCUUAACAUUUCUGGUUCAGAGGCAUUUCUCCUCUUUCGUUCUCUCACUUGGGUUCAGCAUAUGAAUGGUAUUCUAUAGGCUCUGAAGGCAUUUUGAGCCAGUCCCAGAAAUGCAUAUUGUGUCUUUAGCAGACAGGGAGGGAAUGGUCUAUACAUUUCCUUAUCAUUCUGAUGCAUUUAAAUAUAUGUGCAUUGUGCAAUAGAAAUGAAAAUAUAUUGGGAGACAUUGCCAAAUUGCUACAGCCCCAUUGAAGAGUCCAAGUUUUGUAUUCCCCACCAAUAUGAGGAUGCGUCAUUCUAACCUCUUGGAAUUCCCUUGACCCUAUUAUCAUUUUUAAGCACUCAAGUCUCCUAUUGAUGUACAUUGAAAGUAUUCAGCACUUUGGUGUGAUUCUUAAUUUGGAUUCCAGUCACAUGAUAUAAUUUCUGCCCACAAUCAUUCCCAAGAUUUGUAUCCUCAUUGCAGUGUGUUAUGUAGAUAAAACUACUCCAUGGUCAUUUUUGAGGUGGCAGCUAUAUGCCCCUGCCUUGUGACUGAAAAAAGUUGUUAUGAACCAGCCCUUAGACCUCGUAUUCUUGAAUGUUUCAAUUUCACAUUACUCGAAAGGUUAGAAUUCUCCUGCUGCAGACAUAAAAGUUUUCAUCAGACUAACAUCCAUAGUUUGAUACGAUAACUGUGUUGAAUGAAUGAAUGAAUGAAUGAAUGAAUGAAUGAAUGAAUGAAUGAAAGAAAGGGUGUUGCUCAAGAUGUUCUGUUUGUGCCCUCAGUAAUCUGAGGAUGUGUACCUUGAAGUUGUUUAUCAUUUACUUUCACAACCCACAGGUGAGCUCUUGAGAAAAGACCUGGAUGUAAAAGCUAGAUGUCGGAAACCUAAUGGAUGUUUGUGUGAUUUAAUAACUGAUUUCCAGCAUAAAACGUUUGCUGCUCAUGUAAUGAUUAUUCUGGCCCCUUUUAUAAGUAUGAAGAGAAAUCUAAUGCAGAAUUGGCUGUCAGCAUUUUUUUCCCAGGGACAAUCUAAUGGAACAAGAUUUUCGUUUCUUCUUGGGUCUUUUUUAUAGGAGUUUUCCUAGAAAAAUUACCUGAUUCAUUCUAGCAGUGUAGCCUUUCUGUAUAAGUGCAUUUGAAGAAAGACUUGAAGUGUUUGUCAUGAGCAUUUAAUACAGCAGUGAAAUUAUGUCUCUGAGAAUUGUUUGCACAUCCUCAAAUCCAGGCAGGCCUGUGUUUGUAAGACUCACGAGAGUAGUGACCCUUAAGCUCAGCCGUGUCCAUGUGGGCUUUCCCCUUCAGUGUGGAUCUAGGCCUAAGUAGAGAAUGCAGUAGUCACUCACCUGUUUUGUUGAUGGAAUUUAUGUCUUUGUAGAAGUUGAUAGGCCGCACGUUCUUUAAGGUACACAAUGAAGGUUUCUGGGCCUCCUCUGAUUCUGACUCAAAAGCAGGAUUGCACUGUACCUUUUAAGGUCUGGUUUAUUUGUAUAAAACUCAUAUAUUUUAUUGCAAAACAUUAUUUUGUCCGUAAAACCAAAGCAAAUGAAACAUUGGGCAUGUCUGAAUUCCGCCAUCCAAUUCCUCUAAAAUGUCUAGUCUUGAAUCAAAAAGAUGCAAUUUUCUCCCAGAUCUCAUUAAAUCUGUGUUCUUGUAGCUAAUUUUAAGCAGAAUUUGGAACUAAAGCAGAGUGUGUUUGACUCUUUCUUUCUGAGCUUCAACAGACAAAAUUAUGAAAAAUGCAUUGGAGGGUUUUUUUUGUCCAAUGCAGAGAUUAGUAAUCACAUAAAAUCUGUGUAAAAUGUAAACAGACCAGUUGAUCAGAUGUGGUUUUCAUCUUGGUAUCUUUGUCAAGAUGUGAUGGCAUAUAGAAAUUCCCUGAUGUAUAAUAAAAUGAAGGAAAUAUAGUUGUGAAGUUUUUGUUGUUAAAUUUCCCCCCAUUUUUUGAGUUAAAAUUAUGAAACUGACACACAUACAUGUACCACUUAAUAGGAGAAUUAGCUUUCAUAGUUGGAUACUAACUUAUUGAAAGCCAAAGAUGGCUCUUGGGUGCUUGGCUUCAAUAGACAGCCACAUUGAUAAAUUAAGCACCUAAAGUGUCAUUUUUACUGUUCUUUGUUUUUUUUAAAAAAGAAGUCCCUUUGUGCCUCCAAAGCUCAUAUUCAGAUGUUUUCCUGCUUCCUGUUUUUGGUGGAAACAGACCCAUUCUCUUCAGGAAUCUUUAUUUAUGUGUUUUAUUGGAAAUACUCAGUAGUUCUAGAAGUACAAGAAGGUGUCUCUGACAUCGUUGUUGAACACUAUUUACUGCACUGUGGAAUGGUACGAAUCGCUCUGAACUCUGCUUCUGUGAUGAAUCAGGAAGCAAGAAUCCUGUUGUGGACGUCACUUCUUACCUCCUGCCUCUUCCCUUUUGUGAAAAUGAAAACAGGUUUGUUUUUAGAGAAACUUAUGCUCUGAGAUUUCUAAGAAACCAGUGUUCCUUUUAUUUUUGCUUUCACCUGUACGAAAAGCCUAAAAAACAAAUGUAGGAAUUUUGUAAAACUCCAGGUCUCUUUAACUUGUGUAAAUAUAUAUAUUUUUUAACCAGAUGUAUGAAGAACAAAAAGAUGUGCAAUAUCCCCAGCCCGCUAUACUCUUUCUCUUCUUUCUAACAAGCUUUCAUUUGUAUAUUGUUACUGGGUUUGCUGGUGUCAUGCUCUUUUCUCCCUCUUUUUUUGUGGGGUUAUACUUGCUUUUAAAUAAAAGAAAAACCUCUUACUGCAAAAGCUUUUUGUAUCUGUAAUAUAUUGUAAGUACAUAUUUGUGUAAUGGAGAUUAUACUACUGUUAAGUUUUGUACUGUACUGGCUGAAGGUCUGUUAUAAAUAAACAUGAGUAAUUUAA